UCAGAAAAUAACAGCUUCUGAAAUGUCGUCGCCCGGCAGCCACUGCCCACACUUGGAAUCGGUCGGUGAGAUAACGAAAGAGGAACUGAUACAGAAAUCUCAUGGCACUUGUCAGGACUGUAAGGUCAGAGGACCCAACCUUUGGGCGUGCUUAGAGAACAGGUGCGCGUACGUUGGCUGUGGCGAAUCCCACGUUGAUCACAGCACCACCCAUUCCCAGGAGACAAAACACUGUCUAACUGUCAACCUUACUACACUCCGUGUUUGGUGUUAUGCCUGUAGUAAGGAAGUAUUCCUGGACAGAAAAUUAGGAUCUCAUUCUCCACUACCAAAUGCAAGACUCUCUCACCAAGCACAAGAAAAUAGUGUGCAGGAUUUUAAAAUACCUAGUAAUCCCACCCUGAAGAUUCCGUUAGCAGCUGUAUUUGAUGACUUAGAUGUAGAAGUGGAAGAAGAUGAGUUAAAGACUAGAGGUCUAACAGGACUAAAAAAUAUUGGAAACACUUGUUACAUGAAUGCAGCUUUACAAGCUCUUUCCAACUGCCCACCUUUGACACAUUUUUUUCUUGACUGUGGAGGCUUGGCGCGAACAGAGAAGAAAACGGCAAUUUGUAAAAGUUACCUCAAGCUGAUGACGGAACUCUGGCACAAAAGCAGGCCUGGUUCUGUUGUUCCUACUGGUUUAUUUCAAGGAAUUAAAACUGUUAAUCCAACGUUUCGAGGCUACUCUCAACAGGAUGCUCAAGAAUUUUUGCGUUGCUUAAUGGAUUUGCUUCAUGAAGAACUUAAAGAACCAGUUGUAGAACUGGAAGAUGCCCAGCCUAUGAGUGUUGAAGAGAAUAUGGAGGAAGACAAGAGCCACUCAGAUGUAGGCUUUCAGCCCUGCGAAUCCUGUGGUACCUGUGAUAAAACGGAGAAUGAUGCUGUUUUCAAACCUGUCUUAGAGGAUCCUGCAGAGACAGCCAUGUUAAUUCAGGAUGAUGAUAAUUCAAUUGCCUCUAAAGACUGGCAGAAAGAAAAAAUACCAAGCAACAAGCUUAAACGAGCAAAUUCUGUGGAAGACUUGGAAAAAGACACGAACACUGCUUCAGAGACCACUGAAUUUUUAAAUAAUCAAGGAACUGUCAAAGUGCAGAUACAUAGCAGAUUCUCAGAGUGCAUCAGUGAUGUCCACAUGAAUGAUAUAUCUGCAGCCCAAACCCCCUCAUCAAAUGAAGGGACAACCAUGCGCUUGUCAAACAGUCCUCCAAAAUCGUUCUCAUCGUGCUCUUCGCUGGCACCAGUCCACAAAAAAGUUUCAACUGUAUCAUCACCAAAAAGGAAGAAGCGCAAGAAGUACAGGAGCGUGAUCUCUGAUAUAUUUGAUGGGACUAUAAUAAGCUCAGUACAGUGCUUAACUUGUGAUCGGCUGUCUGUAACCCUGGAGACCUUUCAGGAUCUGUCCUUGCCUAUUCCGGGUAAGGAAGAUCUUGCUAAACUCCAUUCUGCAAGUCAUCAGACAGCUCUGGUCAAGGCAGGGUCGUGUGGAGAAGCGUAUGCCCCCCAGGGGUGGAUAGCUUUUUUCAUGGAAUAUUUCAAAAGGUUUGUUGUCUCAUGUGUUCCUAGCUGGUUUUGGGGUCCAGUUGUAACCUUACAAGACUGUCUUGCUGCCUUUUUCGCCAGAGAUGAGCUCAAGGGUGAUAACAUGUACAGCUGUGGAAGGUGUAAAAAGUUAAGAAACGGAGUGAAAUUCUGCAAAGUGCAAAAAUUUCCUGAGAUAUUGUGCAUUCAUCUCAAAAGAUUUAGACAUGAACUUAUGUUUUCCACAAAAAUUGGGACCCAUGUGUCCUUUCCCCUGGAAGGCCUGGAUCUUCAGCCUUUCCUUGCGAAGGACAGCCCAGCUCAGAUAGUGACUUACGAUCUCUUGUCAGUCAUCUGCCACCACGGCACUGCCAGCAGUGGACAUUAUAUAGCUUACUGCCGGAACAAUUUAAAUAAUUUGUGGUAUGAAUUUGAUGACCAGAGUGUCACAGAAGUAUCGGAAUCCACAGUGCAAAAUGCAGAAGCCUAUGUUCUCUUCUACAGGAAGAGCAGCGAAGAAGCACAGCGAGAGAGGCGGAGGAUAUCGGGUCUGCUGAAUAUGAUGGAACCAAGUCUUCUGCAGUUCUAUGUUUCCAGGCAGUGGUUAAAUAAAUUCAAGACUUUUGCAGAGCCAGGACCAAUUUCAAAUAAUGACUUUCUCUGUGUGCAUGGAGGUGUUCCCCCCCACAAAGCUAACUUCGUCGAGGACCUAGUUGUAAUGCUACCUCAAAAUAUAUGGGACAACCUGUAUAGCAGGUAUGGAGGAGGACCGGCUGUUAACCAUCUGUACGUUUGUCACACCUGCCAAAUAGAGUCUGAAAGAAUUGAAAAAAGAAGGAAAAAUGAGCUGGAAAUGUUUAUUCGGCUUAACAGAGCAUUCCAAGAAGAAGAAUCUCCCUCAACAUUUUACUGCAUCAGUAUGCAAUGGUUCAGAGAAUGGGAAGGAUUUGUAAAGGGUAAAGACAGUGAUCCUCCUGGGCCUAUUGAUAACGCUAAGAUUGCAGUAACAAAGUGUGGAAAUGCUGUGCUGAAACAAGGUGCAGAUUCUGGACAAAUAUCUGAAGAAACAUGGAAUUUUCUUCAGUCAAUCUAUGGUGGAGGUCCAGAGAUUAUACUCAGACCACCUGUUCCUCCAGUAGAACCUGAUAUCUUGCAAACAGAGGAGAAGAUUGAAUUAGAAACUCAUGGUCUGUAGCUAUUGAGAAAAAGACGAACUUGUAAGGAUUCCCGCUUCCUUACAAAACGCCCAAAAUACAUUCCUAGAAGUUUUGUUCUGUUACGUCUGUUGGAGGCAUUGCAUUAACUGCAGAUCAGUAAGGUGAAGUAUGUAUUACCCUGUGUUUAAAUAGAGGCCGUUUCUCUGUUUUGGAAGGCAUGUGGUUUGUACGUUUUGGAGUGUUUGGUCAAUGGGAAAGAAAUGUAAUUUCUGAACUUUUUGGUAUAAGUCAAAAUCCUGUUAUAUCCUUAGACUUGAAAAGUGGGGACAAAUUUUAGAGCUGUUCAAUGACCCUUCUGAUUCCUGAUUGGGCUUCU